AGUGAAGCUGGAAGCUGUACUCCUCUCUCUCUCUCCCCACUGUUAUUUCUUGCUCUGCGUCGCUCUCUCUCUCUCUCUGUCUCUCUCUGUGUCGAGGUUCUGUUUGGGUCAGUCCACAUCUCUCUGCGGCGAUUUUGUAGCAGUUUAGCUCCAUUUUCCGCCUGCUUAUGAUCCGCCCGAAGGCUCUUAAGUUCAUCCAACGCGCGCGGAAAUUCGUCGAGAGUGCUUGAAGAUUAAGUUGUGGAUUUGUGCUUAACUUGCAAUUUGAGCCUCAUGAUGAUUCAAAUAUUAAAUCUCAGUGCUGAUCCCUGUGGACUACACUAACCAUCUGCCAUCUGCCUUCCGAGAUCUAUUGUCAUUUGAAGCCUGAUGGGUUCCAGAUUCCCAUCACACCAGCUCAGCAAUGGCCUCUAUGUGUCAGGCCGACCUGAGCAACCCAAGGAGAAAUCUCCUACAAUUUGCUCCACAGCCAUGCCAUAUACAGGUGGAGAUAUUAAAAAGUCUGGAGAAAUUGGGAAGAUGUUUGAACUUCAUGUGGAAAAGUCUAGAAAAUCUGGUCCCCUUGCUAAUGUCCCUUCACGAAAUCGAUCGUUUGGUGGUGCUGCUUCCAACUCGGGGCCCAUUAUGCCUAAUGCCUCUGGUCAGUCUAGCUAUCCUGGUUCUCUUUCUUAUGCAGCUCCAGGUUCUGGUUCUUCACUAGUCACUGGCGGUUCCGGUAGACAGAAAUCCAACUCUGGGCCACUUAAACAUGGAGAUUCAGUUAAGAAGUCAUCUGGGCCUCAAUCUGGAGGUGUCACCCAAAUGGCUCGCCAAAAUUCUGGCCCUCUGCUUCCCACUACAGGUCUCAUCACUUCUGGCCCAAUUUCCUCUGGGCCGCUUAAUUCAUCUGGCGCCCCCCGGAAACUAUCAGGACCUCUGGAAUCCACUAAAUCGAUGAAGCUACAUAAUGCCUCCAUUGUUCAUAACCAAGCCGUCACUAAUCUCAGCCAGGAGAAUGAUCAGUUGUUCAAGGGGAGCUUUCCUAAGCCCAUCCUUUGGUCUGUGAUUUUGUUGUUUGUGAUGGGUUUUAUUGCAGGUGGCUUUAUUCUUGGUGCUGUUCACAAUCCCAUUCUUCUUCUUCUUGUUGUAACUAUACUUGGAGUUGUUGUCAUGCUUUCCUUUUGGAAUACUUGUUUUGGAAGAAGAGCAAUCAUAGGAUUCAUUGCCCAAUAUCCUGAUGCUGAUUUGAGAACUGCAAAAGAUGGGCAAUAUGUCAAGGUCUCCGGGGUUGUUACAUGUGGGAAUUUUCCUCUCGAGUCAUCAUACCAUAAGGUUCCAAGAUGUGUGUACACAUCUACUGGCCUAUAUGAAUACAGGGGCUGGAACUCGAAGACUGCCAAUCCCCAGCAUCGACGUUUUACUUGGGGAUUAAGAACAGUGGAGAGGCAUGUGGUUGACUUUUAUAUAUCUGAUUUUCAAUCUGGAUUAAGAGCUCUGGUCAAAGCUGGUUAUGGUUCUAAGGUGACCCCAUAUGUUGAUGAGUCCCUCAUUGUCGACAUCAACCCAAACAACAAGGACUUGUCUCCUGAAUUUCUCAGGUGGUUGCAAGAGAGGAGCCUUUCUAGUGACGACCGCGAGAUGCGCCUGAAAGAAGGUUAUGUCAAAGAGGGCAGCACUGUAAGUGUAAUGGGGGUUGUUCGAAAGAACGACAAUGUCUUGAUGAUAGUUCCUCCAUCUGAGCCCAUUUCCACAGGAUGCCAGUGGGCAAAGUGCAUAGCUCCAGCGAACCUCAACGGAAUAGUCUUACGAUGUGAAGACACUUCAAAUGUUGACGUCAUACCGGUGUGACGGACAAGUUUAAUGUCCAAAUAUUUGCUGUUACUUAUGCCCUCUCUGGAAUUUGCAUGUUUGGUUUUUAGCUUCAGUAUUACUUGGAAGAGAUUGUGAUCUAUCAAUUUAAAGAGGUGGCUUGGUAUCUUGAGUCUGUAUAGCUUUGUGUUCCCCCCUUUUUGUUAAUUUAGAAUGGAUAAUUUUGUAAGAAAGAUGGUGUAAAGGAUCACUAUGAUGAUGUUUGAAGAGACUUGACAAA